GCCCUGUGCUCUCUGCGCCAAUGGCUGCAGCCGGCCAGUGGGAAUUGCCGCCCAAUCCCAGCCAAUGGAAUUCCAGCGAUACCUCGUUAAAUCAACCGAGCAGCCGCUCCUCCCCCUGUCUUCUUCCCCAGCCGGCGUUCUUCCUUCCUGGCGUUUUCCUCCUCUCUGAUUCGCGCAGGAGCAAGGGAGCUCCCAUGGCUACCUCCCUGGCGCACCUCGCCAGCAGCAGGGAUCCUUUCCCUCUCCCAUGGCGCGCAAGCCGCGAGCUCCCCCACGUGCGUUCCCUUCCCCAGGCGCAGGCGUAGAAAGCUCUCAUCCACGCAGUCCAGCUCCAGGCCAGAUCCUAUUCGCCCAACCCCUGCUCGCCCAGAGCUCCUUCGCUCCAAAUUCGGCCAUCCCCGCCUGGCCGUGGAGUUCCUCGAGCAGCCCCACCUGGCCGCCAUCCUCCCCAGGUCGACCUCCCCCUUUUGUGUGUGUGCAGCUCGCCAUUCCCUCUGUAGCAGCGCGAUGGCUUCCUCUGCUGCCAAGAGCCUCGCCCAGGUCCGGCCAUGGUCGCUCCCAUCGCCGAUCGAGCUCCUCUUCUGUAGCAGGCCUUUCGCCUUGUCUCCAUGGUCAUGUGCAGCGAGCUCCAUUUUUUCCCAGCGCUCUCGCCUGCUCGACAGAAUGCCACAGCGUGAAGCAGCCAUGGAUCCUCCCUGUGUCGCGCCCUCGCCGUGCGACGUAUUGCAGCAGCAGCGACGCCCUUCGCUGCGACGCGCUCGCCAGGUCGGUCCACUCGCCGUCGAUCUGCGCAGCCCCUGCACGUCGUCGUCGAAACCCGCGCCCUCCGUCGAUGUCACGCCUCGUGCUAUGCCUAUGCGACGCAAUGCUAGCCGGUGGACAACACAUGCGACUCACCGAUCCGGCCAGGUUGCUUUUGUUUCAUUUACGAUUUAGUCGAUGACGUGAAUAUGUGCGUGAAAAUAUAAUUGUAUGAAUGGACGCGAGUAGAAAGAAAAUGAAGUAGAAAAGAACUCGGAUGUUUUUAUAUUUUUAUUUUGAUUGGAAAAUAUGUGAUGCGUUGUUUAAUACGAAAACUAAGUUACAAAAUGUGGAUUAUGUUUUGGGAAAUGCAUCGAUAUGUGUUUAUGUGAAAA